GGCGGUGCUGUCUUUGGGGGACGCAAAGCGCUAGAUGAAGAGGGUUUUUCUUUUCUUUCGGCCGCGGAAGCUACAGAAGGGAGCUGGCGAGGGUGGUCUAGAAAGGCGGUAGCCAGAGUGUCGGUGGUCCCGGAACCUCUUGUAAACCAGCUAGGCCUUCCAGUACAAUGUUGAAUAGAAGUGGUGAUAAUGGUCAUCUCUGUCUUGUUUUCAACCUCCAGGGAAUUGGAAAAUAUUUAACUCUUAACAAAUGAAUUCCCCACUUGAACUCUGCCAAAUUCCUGUGCCACCUCCUCCUUUAGAAAACUGACCUUAAUACAGAGAUAAAAGAGGAGUAGAAGGUAAAAGAAAAUGCUGGGAUCUGACCGCUGUGUUGUGGAAGAAUGGUUAUCAGAAUUCAAGGCAUUACCUGACACUCAGAUCACCAGUUACGCAGCAACUUUACACCGGAAAAAAACACUUGUACCAGCUCUCUAUAAAGUUAUUCAAGAUUCAAAUAAUGAGCUCCUGGAGCCUGUCUGCCACCAGCUGUUUGAGCUCUAUCGUAGCUCAGAGGUUCGACUUAAGAGGUUCACACUGCAGUUCUUGCCAGAAUUGAUGUGGGUUUAUUUACGGCUUACAGUUAGCCGAGACAGACAGAGUAAUGGUUGCAUUGAAGCACUUCUAUUAGGAAUUUACAAUUUGGAAAUUGCCGAUAAAGAUGGGAACAAUAAAGUUCUGUCUUUCACUAUCCCUUCCUUAUCCAAGCCUUCAAUAUACCAUGAACCUUCAACAAUUGGAUCCAUGGCUUUGACCGAAGGGGCAUUGUGUCAGCAUGAUCUCAUUAGAGUUGUUUACAGUGAUCUUCAUCCUCAGAGGGAAACAUUCACUGCACAGAACCGGUUUGAAGUCCUGAGUUUUCUCAUGCUGUGUUACAAUUCUGCUAUUGUAUAUAUGCCUGCUUCGUCUUACCAAUCUCUUUGUCGGAUGGGUUCCAGGGUUUGUGUGAGUGGGUUUCCACGGCAACAUGAAAAACAUUGGAAAGAACUCUGUGGUCGAAUAGUAUUGGAUCCUGAAUUUAUGGUGCAGCUUCUCACAGGCGUUUAUUAUGCCAUGUAUAAUGGACAGUGGGACCUUGGCCAGGAAGUUCUUGAUGACAUCAUUUAUAGAGCUCAGCUAGAGCUUUUUUCUCAACCACUAUUGGUUGCCAAUGCCAUGAAAAACUCAUUACCGUUUGAUGCUCCUGAUUCUUCACAAGAAGGCCAGAAAGUCCUUAAAGUUGAAGUCACUCCAACAGUGCCGAGGAUUUCUCGGACUGCAAUUACAACAGCUUCAAUCCGUCGUCAUAGAUGGAGGAGAGAAGAUGGCUUUGACUUCUCAAACGAGGCUGACUCGAGUAUUCCUGGCUCCCCGAUCCAACACGGCUCCACUGACCUAGGGAUCAAACGUGUGCAAGAGGGGGAGGUGCUGGUGCGCAGGACCCCUGAGCAUGGCUCGCCGGAGCCCAACUCAGCAGCAGCCACAACAGAGGGUGCUGAGGGUGUAAAUGGAGGAGAGGAAUCUGUAAACCUGAAUGAUGCAGAUGAAGGAUUUUCAUCAGGGGCUUCCCUCAGCAGUCAGCCAAUUGGGACCAAACCAUCCUCCUCUUCUCAGAGGGGAAGCUUAAGGAAAGUAGCAACUGGGCGUUCAGCCAAGGAUAAAGAAACAGCCUCUGCCAUCAAAUCCAGUGAGAGCCCUCGAGAUUCAGUAGUUCGCAAGCAGUAUGUACAGCAACCAACUGAUCUUAGUGUAGAUUCAGUUGAGCUGACACCAAUGAAGAAACACCUGAGCCUGCCUGCUGGCCAGGUGGUGCCAAAAACCAGUAGUUUAAGUCUAAUCCGGACAGCCAGUGCUUCCUCAAGUAAAUCAUUUGACUAUGUAAAUGGCAGUCAAGCAAGUACCAGCAUUGGGGUUGGCACUGAGGGAGGUACAAAUUUAGCAGGUAACAAUGCUAAUCGAUACUCAACUAUCAGUCUGCAGGAAGACCGGCUAGGUCAAGCUGGUGAAGGUAAAGAGCUCCUCAGCCCAGGAGCCCCCUUAACCAAGCAGUCUCGAUCCCCAAGUUUCAAUAUGCAGCUAAUAUCCCAGGUGUAGUUUUGACUUCUUCCCUCCUCUUUCUGCUUACCUUUUAAACUGAACAUUUCAUUGUGCAAGAAGACACUUCAUCCCACAUUGUGAAAACAUUGGUCAUCAUAAUCAGAUUUCAUUUAGUUUAGGUAUCUUCAUACUGUAUUUUGUAUCGAAACAGCAAUAAGGCUUUCUUUAUCCCUCUUUCCUACAUCUUCUCUUCACCUGUUCCUUGUAAAUGUGUUUGUGAAGCAGUAUAAAAUGUUUGCCUUUUCCAUGCCUUCCUUUCUCUUUGGGUGAUGUGCAAUCCAUCGUAGGCUGAUCGGUCCCAUUUCAACACUGUGAGACUGAGAAUACAUUAGAGGAAAUGGUGUAUAUGAUCCCUAUGAAACGAUUCUUUGGCUUUUGUUUAAAAACAAAGCAAAACGGGUUUGUUCUCAUAACCUAUAGAACUAUGAAGAUUACUGGAUCAUGUUUUUUUCUCUCUUAACCAGGAGUGCCUCAGAGAUUCUGCUAUGACUUUGAACUUCUCUGAGUCUGUGCAAUCAUUUUCUGGAGAAGCAUGGGAAAAGGUGGUAGACUGCUGCACUUUUUAAUUAAAAUGAGGGUAGCUCUUUCUCCACCCGCCCCCCAUCUACUUUAUCCCAAGACAUAAUAGUUCCAUUACGGAGGCAUUUAAAUCAAGUUGUGACCACCUCCACUGGAGGACAGGGCUCUAAGUUGAUUGUGUAAUUGAUAAUGCACUUUCUCAAUGGCUCUAUAGUCAUUAUUAACAUGUCUUCCCUCUUCCCCACAAGGAUAUAUAAGGUCAUUUCUGUCCUCCAAGUUUGGCCAACUAACAAAUCAGAAUCUGAGGGGCAUGUUCUGUUUCCCAGGAAUGAUUGACACUUUGGUGCUGGGGUUUGUGGGGGGAGGGGUGGUUUUUGUUUAGCUUGUGUGGAGAUUGUGUGUGUGAGGGGAGAUUUUGAUUGUUUUUUUUUUUCUUUUCCUUUGUGAGCUGAUGAUGGCUGAAGUAUAACAGUACAUCUUCAGGUAAAGAGAGGGAUUUCUCAAUCUACUUUCUGUUAUGUCAGACUAUAAGAGAAACCCUUUCAGCUGCUUUCUAGAUGUACCUAAAUUCAGUCAGACAUUUUGGAUUAAGAAACCUAAAGUCCUGAUAGAUUACGUACUCCAAAAUAUAUCAGGGACAGACAAUUGGCUGAAAACACUGACGCUUCAAUGUGACACAUUUUUAUAGAACAUUUCUACCAGGGGGUACUGAGCUUGAUUUUUCCUAUAAGGACCACACUGCCUUUGUGUUUAAUGUAAUGCAAUUUGUGUACCUUCUAAUCAUAUAUCUGCAGUUUCUCAUUUUUAUAAAACUUUGGAAUCAUGCCAGUAAGCUAGAUGUUGAAUGUAUGUAAGUAGCAUUUGGUAACUGCUAAGAGGUUACAAAAACAUUAUUGGUAAAAAAAGUUUUUUAGUUCUGAUCCAGUUGGAUAAGAUUUUAUCAUAACCUCUUCUGGGUCUCAGGCUCUGCUGUUUGAAAAAGAAGGGAAUAUAUUGGGUUUUAAAAAAUCAGUGUAUUGUGACUUAAACUGUUGUUAUCCUUCCACAAAAUACAUCAGAGCUAUUAGUGCUUUGUACCUUUUGAUGUUUUUACUUUAUUGUUUAAGAAAAAUAUACUGAAUUUAUAGAAAGCAAGUAUUCUCCUAAUUAACAAAGGUUGAAAUUUUAUCUCUACCAAUUAAAAUUACAAUCGAUUUUGAUAAAUAACCAGAAAAAUGCCUUGUUUUUUUCACACGUAGUAAUCCUCCCGUUUUUAUUGUAAGAACUUUUUUUUCCUAAGAGACUUUCUGUUAGACUCUUUAUAAGAAGAACGACGUGCUUGUUUGAAUUUGUUGGUCUGUAACAUUUUCCAGCUCAUGUGAAAAUGGAAAACUAGAACCUGAACUAGUAUCUACAACAUUGCCAAAGUCUGGGGCAAAACUGAAAGUUGAUAAAUAGACAAUUUAUUUAUUUGUCUGUGUCUGUGUCUGUGUGUGGAUACAUAUAUAUAUGGUGUGUAUAUGUAUAUAUCACAAAGAUGUAUUUUAAAUAUCGUUUCUUUUAAUUUAACUAAGGGAUGUCAGAUAAAUGAAAGGAGUUUAAAUAUAGCCAAAAUAAAUGAGGUGUAAAGGUCCAUAACAUACUAAAAAAGACAGAGUUUCAGGUAUGUACAGAAAGGAGCAUUCUACUUACCCAGAAAGUGAGAUCU